CAAUCUGUGCAAUGAUAAAGGGUGACUGAACUGCCUCAUUGUUAUUUAUUGCAUUUGACUCUAAUAAUACAUUAAUUAGCCGUUUUACUGAACACAACGACUGCAAUAUCAUACAUAACAAGUCGUGACAGCCAUGCCGAUGUGAGUAAUACUCAGAGGUGUGGCGUAUCGGGCGUUGUUCUAAGUGCUGUGACGUUUGGUGUUAAGAAAAUAUUUCUAUUUCGACAUAAGAUGACCGAGUACAAGUUGGUUGUGGUUGGUGCUGGAGGCGUCGGUAAAUCAGCCUUGACUAUACAGCUGAUACAGAAUCAUUUUGUGGACGAGUAUGACCCAACGAUAGAAGACUCCUAUAGGAAGCAAGUAGUAAUAGAUGGAGAGACUUGCCUGUUGGACAUCUUGGACACGGCUGGCCAAGAGGAGUAUUCAGCUAUGAGAGAUCAGUAUAUGCGAACUGGUGAAGGGUUUCUGCUAGUGUUUGCAGUGAACAGUGCUAAGAGUUUUGAGGAUAUAGGGUCAUACAGGGAACAAAUUAAACGAGUGAAGGACGCAGAAGAAGUGCCGAUGGUGUUAGUUGGAAAUAAGUGCGAUUUGCAAGCCUGGGCUGUAGAUAUGACGCAGGCGAGAGAGGUUGCCCGUAGUUAUGGAGUGCCUUUUGUUGAGACCUCAGCUAAGACCCGUAUGGGUGUUGAUGAUGCAUUCUACACCCUAGUAAGAGAGAUUCGCAAAGAUAAAGAAAGCCGGGGUAAGAAAUUUAGGCGUGGAAAUAAGUUAGGUUCCAGGCGUUCCUUCAAAUGUACACUACUUUAAGUCGGGCCUAACAUUGUUAUUGCAAGCAGGACUCAGUUUAAUGAAUUAUUUCCAGUGUGGUAUUUGUUUUGAAAAUAUAUAUAUGCCAUAAUUCACUAUCUUUGUAAAUUAUUAUACUUACCUUGAACCAAGGUAAGUUUGUUUAAGUACUUUUAAAGCUAUAAUAUUACUGUUGGUAUGGUGAUAUUCAAGGGUACAUAGUCUUUAUGCAGUGCUUUAAUCAGUUACUUUGUUCAUAUAUUACAUAAUGUUCUCUGGUCUCCUUUUAAUAAAUAAAAUUUAAAUAAUAUAUUGUGAUAACAGUGCCAUGAAUACUAUAGAUAAGCCAGUUUGCUAAACAAGGCUCCUAUUUAAUUAAAAUUACAACUAAAUAACCUGGCUAUGGUCAUAACACAACAAUACCGUCAAACUACACUGUAAAUAAUGUCAUUAAAUUAUUAAUAAAUGAUUUUAGAACCUUUAUACACAAAUUUUAAUUUUAUUACUUAGUAUAAUACAAUUUUAAUGUUUGUAUUUAAAUCAGCAAGUAAUGAUUAUAAGGUAAACAUUUAAAAAUAGCCUAAUAUUUGGGGUAUUAAUCAAAAUAUUUGAAACAGUUGUAACUUUUGUCAGACUUAAAAAAUUGUGGUAGACAUUUUUUCCUACCUAAAGCUAUUCACUUACUCUGAUACAUAAUGAAUGCAAAUAUGCUAAGUAAUAAAAAAAACAUGUAUGAUUUAUUAAAGCUUAAAUAAAAUCAUGUAAUAUACAUUACUGUAAUUUAGUAUAUACAUGUAUCUGCAAAUCGAUAUCACAAGUGAGUUCUUAUAAGAACUAGACAUAUUAUGAUAUUUUUUUGUGUUGUGUUUCGAUUUGGAUGUAUUCGAAAUAGAUAAUUAAAAGAUGUUAACAUUAAUAAAUGUACUAUAAGUAUGUAAUAGGUACUGUCUUAUUAAUACGAAAGAGCAUACAAACUUAUUUUACAGCGAUCUUAAAAUCCGUUAAAGUAAGUUCGGUCACGGAAAUUAUUAUCAUACAAUGUUUAGGGUCCUGCUAAAAACAAACAAAAUGUGAACAUUGCUACAUGUUUCAACUCUGUUACACAUUAUUUAAAGAAUAUCAUUUACGCGUUCUAAACUUAUAUCUUUGUACAGUUUGUAAACAGAUUUAUCUUGUCAUCUGGAAAGCCAGUAUAUUGAUUGUCAACCCAUAAUCUUGAAGAAUUAAAAAAUAACUUUAAUCUAAAAAAAUAUGGAAGUAGCCCUAAAAAAUUAUGAGUUUCGUUUUGCUGAUUUGCCUUUCCUGAUUUGAAAAUAAAUCUAUAAGUUCACGGAAAUCGACAGUUUACCAUAUUUUUGUACUAUGAAUUGAUUGUAAAUAUGUAUGUUCGGAUUCUGCUUGCGCUUGUCACUUUAGAUAGUAUUAAAUCAAUUAUAGCUAAUGAUAUCCAUAAUAGUAUAUAAAAUAUGAGCCUUUUAUUAUUUACUAUAUCGCAAUCAAAACCAUUUCUAACAUCUUUUUUAGAAGAUUGUUUUAAUUAAACAUGUACUAUGCUGUUCAUAUUGCAUUGAAGUAUGUAUACACUAUAUAUAUGAUAUUUAAGUAAGCUAUGUAUUUGAAUUCGUCGUGUAGGUAUGAAGCAAGAAACUCCUUUUUUUUAGUAAGUACAAUCGAUGGCGAGUCGAUUCUUUGAAAAAGUCUAUUGUUUGUCUUUUGCUUUAAAACUACUAGUGUUAAUAGGCGCAUAAAAAUUAUAAGCAAAAUAUUGAGGAAUUUUCAUCACAAUUUCAUCUUUGUGUUUUUAUAUCAUAAAACGUUCAUAAUAUUAUAUUACAAGCUUGAUUGGUAUUUGUUUACGACUUUAUUAUACAUUAUUUCAAAUAUAUGUAUUAACCAGGGACAGUAAAAAAUUUGAAGCAUUAACACUAAAAUAACAAUAAUUGAAUAGCGGCCAUUUUAGGUUUGCUAAAUAAUUUCAAGAUAAUUAAUAUUCUAUCUUUAGUUAAGCUUUUAAGUAAUAGAUUUGGCGGUGAAAAACGAAAUGAAAGUGGUUGUGUUGUAUCAAUAGGUGUACACAAACAUAAUUUUUUGAUAAAUAUACUGACGCAUCGCAAUUAGUCUAUAGCUUUCUAUUGUAUAAAAACAUCUUAACGUCUUGAAUAAAUGUUUUUUGCAUGUUUACACGUUUACGCAAAUUCAAAGUUACGUUCUGCCAAAAUAUAAUAUUUAUUAAUCUGCUUUAAAUACAUAGUACUAUAAUUAUAUUGAUAAAGCGGAGUACCAUUCUAUUAUUAUGGAAAGACGUUGAAGUAGGUAAUCCUAUUUCAUAAAAAAAUAUCAGGUUACUGUUAAUUAUCGAACGCACACCUUGAAAAUAUUUUAAAUACUUUUUUAAUAAUUAUAUUUUAUAACGUGGUCAAAAGGCAGAAGCUUGUCUUAUUAAAUAUGUAUUCAUUUAUAUGUAAGGAUCUAAAUACAAUUGUUAACGAAACAAACAUUUCAUGUUCUUCAGGUAUUUCCCAUUAUUUUUUCUUUUAAUAACAAGCAACCCAUUGUUAAAUUAGAAAAUAAAUGUAUUAAGUUCUUCUAGCUUUUAUGGGAAAUUAUGUAUAUUUUUCCUACAACCCGCAACCACCAAUAGUGCCGAAUUGUAACUAAUGAAGAAUAUUCUAGUACCUAUAAAUUUCUUAAUGAGUGUAUUGAAUCAUGAUCAUGAUUAGUAUGACCCUAUUUCAAUGAAUUUUAAUAAAUGGCAUACAAUUACUUUAUAAAGUUAUAAAAUUCUGUGUUGCCGUUUGUUUGUCGUAAAUUUCACGAGAUGACAAGCAAGAUUCUGAGUAAUUACUUUUUGUUAAGGAAUUUGAGGUACAAUGAAGUAAGUUAACGAAUUUUUAUACCUGCAGGUUUUAUUUUAACUUUCUCUUUAAUUUUUAAGUUAAAUUUAAUUGUGUAGUUUAGAUAAUUUACUUAUAUUAACGAAAUGUAACUGCCAUGUAGUCAGUCCUAUAUUUUUGCCAUUAAACAAAAAAACGUUUUAUACAUAUAAUAAUUCAAAGAAAGCUUUACUUUUGCAAAUUUAAGAAUCUUGUAUAAUAAUCAUACUUUGAAUUCAUAUCAAAGCUAAAGCACAAAGGUUUGUAAUAGUAGAUUAAUUAUUGUGAAUAAAAUCAUUAUAAUUCUGUAAAAAGGCACUGGGAAUGUGCUUGUUGAAGUUAAUAAAUUGGCAAAAAUAUA